UGUUGUGAGAGUGUACAGGCAAGCGGAGAGACGUCUUGCUUUCCCUGCCAAAAUUGUAGAGGGAAAACACAAGCCACGGGAGCAGCAGGAGAAAGAAUAGCCCACGAGGAGUCAUUGUCGUUGCCGUUGCAGCAGGAUGGCAAACGACAGUCAACAGAGCCGCUACGAGAAGUCGCUCGGGCUGCUGACCACGCGCUUCGUCAGCCUCCUGCAGAAAGCCGAGGAUGGCGUGCUCGAUUUGAAAGUGGCAGCUGACUUGUUAGAGGUACGACAAAAGAGAAGGAUAUACGACAUCACAAAUGUACUUGAAGGUAUUGGACUGAUUGAAAAGAAGAGCAAAAACAGUAUACAGUGGAAAGGAGCAGGUCCAGGAUGCAAUUCACAGGAAACCAUUGAUAAGCUGACUCAUUUAAAAGACGAGCUCAAGCUGCUGGACGAACAUGAGCAAGAGAUUGACUUGCACACAAAUUGGGUCAAGCAGAGUGUGAAAAAUGUGGAGUGUGAUUCUACUACCAAAAGAUACGCUUACGUUAAAUAUGAAGAUUUCAAAGAGCGGUAUAACGAUGAUUUUAUAUUAGCUAUUCAAGCACCAAAAGAAACCCGAUUGAAUGUGAGAAAAAUUGAGACAGUGACGGGAGAUGUUGAGGACGAAGAAGUAAAUUAUGAAGUGUACUUAAAAAGUUCAACUGGAGAGAUUUCCGUAUACAUCAUUCCACGAGAACUGGCAGAAUCUUAUGACAAUAAUUGUUUGAAUCAAGUUAUAUUACAGCCAGAAUCUAAAAAACCAAGGGUAGAUGUAGAGGAACAGAGGCAUGAAAAGAUGAAUGAUAAGGAAGAUCAUAAAAAGUAUGGGAAGGAGGAUAAAAAAGCAGAAGAAAUUAAAGAGUCCAAGUCGAGUUUGAAAAAAGAAGAAAUCAAACCAAAGAAAAGAGUUGGAAGGCCACCAAAAAAUUCUGUCAAACCUGAACCUGUAUCAGAAGAUGAGGAAGAUGAGGAUCUAGAUUUGCUGGAAGCAAAAAUAGUGCUUCGAGACGUCAAUAUGUCAGGCAACGUACAUCAAAAUUUGGACUACAUUGAUGAGAUAUAUGCUGGAAUUUGUGGACCACUCAUGAGGCUAAGUCCUCCGCCUCAAGAAAAGGAUUUUCGUUUCAAUCUUGGUGAAAGUGAAGGUCUGUGUGAUCUUUUUGACAUUUCGGCUCAAUGAGCCACUUGCUUUGUAAUCUACUUUUUCACGUAAAUCUGACGCAUACUAAUUUAGAUUGUGAUCCGAUUCAAGUCUUGUCGUUAAUCAAGGCUGAUGUAUAUAAUUUUAAUGAACGUUUAACUGCGAUCGUCAGUGUUGAUAAAUGAUUUUUAUACAUUUAGUAGGAAUUAAUUGACAUGGACAUUUUUUCGGGAAAUUCUGAACUGUAUUCAUCAAAAUCAUUGUCUAUGUAUAAAUCAAAGAGUUUAUGAAACAUUUAGGUACAUAAUAAUGACAACGCGUUUUCUAUUCCAUAUUUUGUUUUGUCUUGUAAAUAUAGUUAAUAUAAGCUAGAGUUGAAGUAAAGUUACCUAUUAAAAAACUUGCGUUUGUAAAUAAAAUUAAUCUGACACUCAA